CCCAUUCCCUCAAAUGGACACCGACACAGAAUUCGAAAUCGAGGACGCCUCCACCGCCGGCGACGAUCUCGACGCCGACGGAUUCCCAAUCUCCGGCGACGAAUCGGAACCGAAACCUCCACCGAUCGAAGAUCCUCUCGACGAAUCCAGCAGCUUCGCUUCGGAUUUCUACCGAUGCGGCUCGGACUGGUCGCGCUUGAUCGAGAAGAAGGAGAGCAAAAGCCUCGUGCAGAGGGAUCUGUUUCAGGUGUGGGGGAUCAAGAAGCCGGCGAUGGCGGAGGAAUCGAAGGCUAGGGUUUCGUCGUCGAACCAGAGAGAUCUGUUUGAGGUUUGGGGGAUCGAGAAACCUAGGGUUUCGGUGCCAGCUCGAAAGAGGGCGAGGAAGGAGGAUGGGAAUGGGAGUGGAUUCGGCCGGGCUCGUUCUUGCCCCUUCUACAAGAAGAUUCCAGGCACACCGUUUACUGUAGAUGCUUUCCGGUAUGGAUCCGUUGAUGGGUGCUCGGCAUAUUUUCUCAGUCACUUCCACUAUGAUCAUUAUGGUGGCUUGAGCAAGAAAUGGUCCCACGGUCCAAUAUACUGUACUCCACUCACAGCUCGCUUGGUGAAAAUGUGUCUUGGGGUAAAUCCACUCCACAUUUGUCCGUUGGAGCUUGACAUUGAACAUGAUAUUGAGGGAAUCAAAGUGACAAUGUUGGAAGCGAAUCAUUGCCCUGGUGCAGCCUUGAUUCAUUUUCGUCUGAGAGAUGAGCGGACAUAUCUACACACUGGAGAUUUUAGGGCUUGUAAUCUGAUGCAGUCACACCCUCUCCUUGCCAGUCAGCAUAUCAAUGUUCUUUACCUGGAUACAACAUAUUGCAACCCCAGAUACAGGUUUCCACCUAAAGAAGAUGUCGUGAGUUUUGUUGUGCGGAUUACUCGUGACUUCAUUGCAAAGCAUUCAAAAGCCCUGAUUGUUGUUGGAGCCUACAGUAUCGGCAAGGAGCAAGUUUAUAUUGCUAUUUCACAUGCUUUAGGGCUCCCCAUAUACACAAAUUCUUCAAGGAGACGGAUCUUGCAAUCUUUUGGUUGGCCUGAGUUGUCUGGGAAACUUUGUACUUGUGGGGACAGCUCUGCCCUGCAUGUUCUUCCUCUUUCUUCCUUGAGGCAUGAGAACCUGUUGGAUUAUAUGAAGACUUACAAGCAGCGAUUCACGGCAGUGUUGGCUUUUCGACCAACAGGUUGGACAUACUCUCAGAAUACUGGAAACCAACUAGAUCUAAUCAAACCCACCUGUAAAGGCAACAUCACUAUAUAUGGGGUUCCUUAUAGUGAGCACUCAAGUUUCCCAGAGCUCGAAAAUUUUGUGAAGUUCCUGAGACCUGACAAGAUCAUUCCUACUGUGAAUGUUGGAAAUGCUGCUACACGCGAUAAGAUGCAAUCCUACUUCCGGGAAUGGCUGAAAGCUUUAUGAUUGCUUGUAGCUUUCACCAGUACACAAACUCUUCAUCUGCUUUCUUUGGAGUGUCGAAACUGCUAUAGGGUUCAACUUCUCCAUGACCUAUUGAUGCAUUUUUUGUGUUAUCUUCAUGGUGUAGAAAUUGAGAGCCUCUCAAGUCAUUGUAGCGCAAGAGCUGGAGCACUGAAGGGAUGAUGCAGGAUAAAUAUUAGUCAUCAUCCAGCUGUAAGAACUU